GUUGUGAUAAACUUAUUAAAUAGAUUAUGUUAUGAUGCGGUAUUAUGUAACUACCUUAUUUGCUAUCCUGUCGCUCGUACUGGUCGCAAAAACAGUCAAGGCUCAAAUCACAGAUGAGACUCAAUUUCUGUCAGUGCUGUCCAAUACAAAUACUUCCUGGAAUGCCUCCGAUUUCACGGCAAGAUAUAGACUGUUGUUUCAAACGGCAAUUAACAAAUACACAGGAGAAGCAUUGUCUGGAUCCUUGCUAGUGAACGAUGUCAGGCGAGGCACAAAUGGAAAUCCAUUCAUCACUCUUAUCAUAACAUUUCAAUCCCUCUCCCGAGCAGUGACAUCUGAAGAGAUGCUGUCCAUUUGGUCAUUGAUUUCCCCUUCAGAAGCAAGCGUUGCUAUUGCUCCAAUAGAAGUCAUUGUUGUUAUGGAGCUAGUGGGAGCAUCGUUAGUCAAGGAGCGAGAUAGUUUGGACAAUGAUCUGUGGCUGAUGAUCCCGUUUAUCUUGGGAACCUUCCUCAUAGCAUGUAUUAUAGCAAUUAUCUGCUAUCUUAUGCAGCCUAAGAUAGACAACGCCUUCUCGAAGACCUCCAACAACAUCUUCAGACAGCAGCGCCAGCCUGCGUGGGUUCACUCUAGUUCAAAAGUUGAGAAGCUGAGAGGACAGGGGUGGAUAGUACACACAGAGAAGAUAGAAGUAGAAGGUCGCAAUCGGAAGAUCAAAUUGGCAGAUGCCGCAACAGAGACCAAAGUAAAAGCUACUACUGAAGAACACUCAAUGGAUAAAAACGCAAAAACCAAAUUGGAAAACCUGGAUGAUAUUGACGAGCCAGAUACCAUAAAGUCUGAUAAAAAUGAAGCUCUUAACGCAGUUCCCGAUGAGCUAAAUGAUGAACAUGGAACACAAUUACACGACGGGGAAGAACAAGUAUGGAAUACGUCAUCGGAAUCAGGAUUACACACUGUUCAGACUCAGCCGGUCAAGUCGCCUUUUCCGGAUACAGAUUCAGAGUUUCUGGCUGCAUCGGCUCCAGCUAAAAUAGGAGCCCGAGAAAAGAUGUCCCUGUUUGAUCUGUGGUACUACUAUAGAGCCUUCGACAAAACAAAAAACUUCAACCCAGAAACUCUACAAGAAACCUCGAAACUUUCAAAACGACCAUCACAGUUUUCUGAAACACUAGAAUACAAACGGCCUAACCUUCUAGAAGAUCCAUCACGAGCUAUAGUCGAACAAACAGGGAAAAUUCCGCCGCCUCAAAAAAUAAAGCCGAGAUGUGAUUCGGACGAAGCUUCAGAAAGUGAAUCGGAAUCGCUAAACGGAGAAACUCUGGUUGGUAUGGGGACUUCGCUAUAUCCUAAAGAUGAUAAUCAAUACGGUGCAACCUUGAAAACUGCAAAUAUUGCUCAGCAAUGUCAAAAAGAGUCUGUCGUUCAUGAUGAAAUAGACAUAGCGGCUAGUGUUCGAUUCUCACCCGAAGCUGUUAAUUCGAUUACCUUUAAACACUUGCAGGCAGAGCUGAGAAGGAUUUACGACGAAACGCCGGUACAAAUUCUAGUUGAACAUGACAGGAUAGGGAAGAUUCCCGAUAAGGAGCUAAAAGAUAAAGAUGCAGAUGAAAUGAGCAGUUUAGAUUCUGAUUCUUUUUAAACUUUAAUCUGUAAAUUUUGAUUGUAAAUAAUGUAAAAUGUAUGAAAUAUACGAUAAUAGUCUUGACGGAAAUUGUGAAAUGGUAUGAAGCUUGAA